AUGGAUCUUCUUAUUCUGGAAGACGCCACCGCCGACGGCCAUCCCGUGGCUGAACUAUUCAAGUGCUUAUCAAGCGGAUGGCUUACUCUAAUCUCAGACCGUCGUUUCGUAGAAACACAUCUCAAUCUAAACAACAAACGCGAGUGUCUCAUUCUCAUAUCACGCCCUGUACGCGAGUGUCUCACUCUCAUAUCACGCUCUGCUUUCUCCGUCGACUGCACUGAAUCAUCCAAUAACGAUGUUGUGACGGCAACGAAACUCGAUUUCCCAUUGAUUUGUUCCUGCGAAAUGGAUAUUAUUGGUUCUUGCAAUGGCUUGAUUUUACUUGCCAGUGGACAACAAACUAUUAUGUUUUUAUGGAACCCAUCGACUAGAGAGGUCGAGCAAUUACCCAAUUCCCUUACGUGUCCCUACCAGUACCGGGCCAAACCCAAUACCAUUUCUUCAUGCAGAAUGUAUGGACUUGGUUACGAUUCAUCCAUAGAUGAUUACAAAGUGGUGGAAAUUAUACAUUCUGAUAUACUUACAUGUUUGUAUGAAUAUACGCUGAGAACCGGUAGUUGGCGUUUGAGAAGGAGUUGGGUUUCUGAUUUCCUCUAUGUUAUUAGUCGGCCGUCGGGCGUUCUUCUAAAUGGUUCUGUACAUUGGUUAGCUUAUAAAUAUUCGAAUGAUGGGAGAGAUUCGAAUCUUUAUGAGGUGAUUGGUGCUUUUGAUCUAACAGACAAUGAAUUCCGGGAUAUAUAUGUACCUUCCUCAGUACCUUCCUCUCUAGCUUUCUCUCCUCACGCCGUCUGGAUUUCAAAUGAUUUGGGGGUUCUUGGAGGGUGUCUCACUGUGCUUGUAUGUCCUAAUUUUACGAGAACUGAUGUUUGUGUGAUGAAGGAGUAUGGGGUGACUGAGAGUUGGACCAAAUGUAGGGUCGAGUUGCAGUGUUUAAGGAUAAAUGGUCGAAUUCGAAACCCCUUUAUGCUUUCUCUGGGGAUGGGGUAG